UUUUGUAAAAACAAAUAAAGUAAAAGGAAUAAAAUUUAUUCAGAGCCUUAAUGUCAAUAUGGAUCUGAACAUAAUGGACAAAUUGCGGCUAUUGAAAAUAGACACGGAAUUGCGACCGCAAAUUAAAAUGAAGCCAAUGAGCCGGUACUACUUUGUUACGUCCACAAAUCCGGGUGAACAGUUCUUUGUCUUUGCAUCGACAGCUGCUUGGCUCAUACGAAAAACGGGAAGAGCUUUUGAGCAACCAAAUGAAGAAGACGACCCUAAUGCUAUAAUUGCUAUGAUUGUAGAAACCUUAAGAGAAAAAGAGAUAGCUGUAGAUUUCUCCUCUCAUAAGCUAAAACAGGGUUAUGGCGAGCAAGUCAGCUAUAUUCUUAACGUCUUAGCUGACGAGGCGUUGAAGGCAGAAAAUUUCGAAUGGCAAAAGCCUAUUGUAGAUAUCCCUGACACAGAAGAAUCGGUGGACGACGUUGACCAAGUUGAAGAUGAAACAGAGAUCACUCUUGACAAAGUUGAAGAAGAAAUGGCCAUUUAUUCUGAAGAGUCAGAUGCUGAACAAUUUGGUGAUGUGGAAGAGAAGGACUCUGAAACAUUAGGGAAUAAAAUUUAUGAUGAAGAAGCUUGGAAACUAGAGUUGGAAAGGGUAGCACCAGCCCUAAGGAUGAAAAUUUCAGCGGAUGGGAGAGACUGGCGUACGAGACACUCACAAAUGAAGGUUUAUAAAGACGAAUUAUGUGAGCGGUCUAAAACAACUGGUACACAACUAAACAAAUUUUACAAUAACAUUACUUCUGUCAUGGAAAAAAUAGCAGCCAGAGAGAAUAUCCUUAACGAACGAUUCCAACCGCUAGUACGUAAGUACGGUAUGCUGUUGGAUGAAUUGAAUAAAGUCACAAAUGAGUAUAAAGAAGUUAGUGUAGGAGUGACAGAGAGGCAAGAAAUGCUUAACGAGAUUACAGGUAAAAUAGAGAAUAUAAAGCAGAGGACGGAAUCACGAGGAUCCUCAAUGAACGACAACGCUCCAUUGGUAACUGCUAAGAAAGCUUUGGAAACAUUGAACAAGGAUAUCCAGGAAUUAGACUUUCAAAUAAUCGUGCUUCUGUGGAUGCUGAUUUCAAAAGAGAAUCCCAAAAGCAAUAACUUUUUGAUGAAUUCCGAACCGAAGAUGAUAAUGAAAGCAGGUUAUUAG